CGAAACCUUAUUGUAUGCACAUUAAGUUUUUAUUCCAUGAACGUUUACUUAAGUUCUUUUUGAUCCGAGUUGCAUAUUACGUUAUGCUACGUUCGUUUGUUUCGUUUUGCAAAAGAUUGAGCACACAAUUGUUUGGUUGAGUUAACGAAAGUGCAUUGUUGGAAUAUGAAACACAAUUUGAAGUGAAAUUAUAGAAUUGGUUACAAAUGUUACAUUGAAACAUUAUGUCUUUAAAGUGUGUGUACACAACUGUGAAUUCGAAUGGAGAGGAUGUGCUGCCCGAUAAAGAUGGCGAGGAACGCAAAGGUAACGUAACGUACGGCAUCGACGAUACGCCGCCAUGGUACCUCUGCAUCUUCAUGGCGCUCCAGCACUAUCUAACAAUGAUCGGAGCGAUAGUCGCGAUCCCGUUCAUUCUGUGCCCCGCGCUCUGCAUGGAGGAGACCGACCCUGAUCGCUCCAACAUCAUCUCUACUAUGAUAUUUGUCACUGGUCUUAUAACAUGGCUGCAGUGUACGUUCGGAUGUCGGCUGCCUAUAGUUCAGGGCGGGACGAUCUCGUUCUUGGUGCCGACACUGGCGAUCCUGGGGCUGCCGGCGUGGCGUUGCCCGGAGCCGCACCAGCUAGAGGCCAUGACUGACCAGGAGCGACGCCUUGUGUGGACCACCAGAAUGUGCGAGCUGUCCGGGGCUAUCGCUGUAUCGGCGCUGUUUCAACUGUUCUGUGGUUACUUCGGUAUCAUCGGGUCGUUUCUGCGGUUCGUGACGCCGUUGACGAUCGCGCCCACGGUGGCGCUAGUGGGGCUCACGCUGUUUGGCCACGCCGCGGAGGCCGCCGCCCAGCAGUGGGGCAUCGCCGCUGGGACUUUCAUUCUGCUGACGAUAUUCUCGCAGUGCAUGACUGAAGUGAAGAUACCCACGCUCUCCUACAAGCGCGGCUCCGGACUGACAGUCAUAUGGUUCCCGCUAUUCAAACUGUUCCCUGUUUUGCUGACGAUAGUGCUGAUGUGGUCCGUGUGCGGCGUGCUGACGGCCACGGACGUGUUCCCGGUCGGCCACGCCGCGCGCACCGACCUCAAACUCAACAUCAUACGAGAUGCGCCCUGGUUCCGAAUACCAUAUCCAGGUCAGUGGGGCCGGCCGACGGUAAGCGUGGCGGGCGUGCUGGGCAUGCUGGCGGGCGUGCUCGCCUGCACCGUCGAGUCUAUCAGCUACUACCCGACCACCGCCAGGAUGUGCGCGGCUCCUCCACCACCUCUGCACGCGAUCAAUCGUGGUCUGGGCACGGAGGGUCUCGGUACAAUGCUGGCGGGCCUCUGGGGCUCCGGGAACGGCACCAACACCUUCGGCGAAAACGUCGGUGCCAUCGGAGUCACUAAAGUGGGGUCGCGGCGGGUAGUGCAGUGGGCGGCGGCGCUGAUGGUGGUGCAAGGGCUGGUGGGCAAGUUGUGUGCCGUCUUCAUCAUCAUCCCUCAGCCCAUCGUCGGUGGCCUCUUCUGCGUCAUGUUCGGCAUGAUAUCCGCUUUUGGUCUGUCAGCGCUGCAGUACGUGGACCUGAACAGCUCUCGUAACCUGUACAUCAUUGGGUUCAGCCUGUUCUUUCCGCUGGUGCUGACGCGCUGGAUGUCGGCUCACAGCGGCAUUAUUAACACCGGCGUGGAGGCGCUGGACGCUGUGCUGCAAGUGCUGCUAUCCACUUCUAUAUUAGUCGGCGGAAUUGUUGGCUGUUUACUGGAUAAUCUAAUACCUGGCACGGAAGAGGAGCGUGGAUUGAAGGCGUGGGCCAAGGAGAUGUCUCUGGAGGCGGCAGGCGCCAGCGAGCUCGGCGACACCUACGACUUACCCGUCGGCAUGUCGCUUGUGCGAAGAUGGAAAUGGACGUCGUAUUUGCCGUUCAUGCCGACAUAUGAAGCGGGAAAAUUCACAGCGCUGUUCACACGGAAGAAAGAAAGCUGAUCGUACAGGAUGUGAGGCUUCAGUCAGCAUUUUGUUGUAAGUCUCCAAGAGGAUGAGAUAAUGAAAGAUUUAUCUUUGCGAAGAACUUGUUACAAAUGAACACAGUUUAUCAGAUGUGUAGAAUAAAUGGCAUCAAUAUACUUAA